CAGUUUUCAGUGAUGGCCUUGGCCACGCUCGCUUCGUCCAGCCCUGUGACCCAGCAAGACAGCUACGACUCUCAACCUCCCAGAACGUCACGUCAAGAAGUUAGCAGAGGAUACAAACCUAUCGAAGUGGAACCUGAAGCAGCUGACUCAUACCUGCCUUAUCAAACUCAGUUGCCCCUACAGUUGCAAGUGCCCAGAGAACAGAACUCUAUGCCUUUCAUUACGCCUCAAGAUCAACUGUACGUUCCUGAACCCGCAACCGACCUUAGGGCACCUACGGAGGGUGGUCAACCCAAUUAUUACCAACAGGUGCCAGUCCCAGCUCAGGAGUUAGUAGCUCCCUCAGAGGUAGAGUGGAACCCGAACAAUGACCCGAAACUCUACUACGAAGUACCCGCUGUUCUCACAAGGCAAGAACAGCCCACAAAGCAGUUCCCGAAGAAGUACAACUCCGACAUCCACACGAAAAACAAGCCGUACUCCCUAAGGCCCAAACAAGAGUUGGUGUUGGAACCCAUCAAUGAGAGACAGUACCAACAGAAACAGAACCAAUUGCAGAAAACCUAUGACAGGUUGGCCAAGAAAGAAAACCAAAAGCUGAUCAAAGCUAGCCAGGUAGACCACUCUUCUGACUCAUACCUCAUCUCUAACAAUUACAAAGUACAGAAACCUCUUCCACCCUCACGACCUCUCUUCUAUCCCAGACAGCAACAAGCUCAUACCAGACCUAUUCCAGUUCAAAACCCCCGACCUGUCCCUAUCCAGAGACCUGAUCCCGAUCAAGAAUCUUCCAUCGAGUACGAUGAACUGCCUCCUGGAUCCCCAAAUGACGAUGUCCAAUACCAAGAGGAAGAGGAACCCAUGGAAGAGCCUCCGAAUGAUAAGGACUCCAUUCCGUCACAGUCAUAUAAUCAGGGGCUUAGCUCUGAACUAACAAACUCCUUAGGGAUUCCUGCUGGGAAUGAAAGGGUGCUGUUUCAUCUGGUGGGCCAUAACGGACCGCAUUCCUAUAAGUUUGGAUAUGACACAGGCAAAGGGCUGAACAGGCACUUUAGAUUUGAAGAGCGCGACAACCUGGGACUGGUAACAGGGCACUACGGCUUCCACGACAAGGACGGAAAACUGAGAUUAGUGCGCUACAAUGCUGACCCUGUCACCGGUUUUCAUGCAGAGGGCAACUUUGGUAACAACGAAGAGAAGAACUAACUUAUUUUUAAGACACCUCUCCCAUUUCUGUAGUGCUAUCAUGAUUUACCAAUUAUACGGCAUUAACCCUUCCAUCAAAAUUGGCUGACUCAUCUUUACUUCACUUAGUUCAAUAAAUGACCAUGAUGUACAUAAGCCUUCUUAAAUUUCCACAACAUAAAUGCUAGUUAAUUGAUUCCAAAUGUGAAUAAAUAUCUAGGAUUCUACAGUGCUGACAAUGGAUAAGCUAGCUCUUAACGCACUGAACAUGUAUGAAAUAGGUAGUAUAUAUUAUAUUUUCUGUUUCUCAUUUCUGUCUUAAAACCUAAUUCCCUCUGUGCUUCAAAAAUGUUGUAUAUUUGCAUGCUAUACAAUACAAACUGCAAUACUAACAUUUUACAAAAUUUAUGUAUACGGACAUCAAGUCUGCAUAUACAUUUCUUUUACAAUAAUGUAAUGUCUAUCUCUUAUGGAAAGUUAAGUAAAAGCACUCUUUAUCUUCCAAGUGGACUUUGAGACUGCAUGUAAUUUCCUUAUUACAUCCUAUGGCUUCCUAAGAAAUUUCACUAGCACCAAAAUAUUGACGUUUAUUCUAGGCGAAAUAAAAAUAUACUAUGUAUUCUCAAGUAGCUUUGCUUCAUUGGUAACAUAAUUAGUGCUUCUUAUGAAACAGCUUUGCUUAAAAUUUACAUUACGCGCAUCUUUUAUAAUAACCGCAAUCUCUACACACUGCCUCUUUAUACCCACUUCUAUUAACAUACCUGAACAUGCACAUUCAUUAUUCUCAAUGUUUCAUUUGGAAACCUCCCUAUUAUAUUACUUCCAUUUAAUUUUUCAAUUCCAAAUGCCGUAUUUUGGGAAGUGUAAAUUGAAACCCAGGUGUAUAUGUAAUUGAAAGAGCUCGAAUAAAUGUGCGUUUAACCCGUUUUGUACCUAUAUCAAUGUUAUACAUUGAACUUAGAUGUAGCUUUAAGUAGUUUUAAGUUUUUAUUAUUGUGAUUUGUGAUCGUUGCUCUCAUGUUUUUAUUAUUUUCAUUAUUAGUCUAAUAAAAAAAGCUUUUCAAAUCGA